AUGGCCCAGCUAGAUAGCAGGACUGAGCCAAAAAUCACCGCGUUGGAUGACGCUGAAGCCCGAGUCCUCUCAAGCGAUGCUUCAGCUACUGCCAGUGACGACACGUGGAAGGCCGGUCGAGCCGAGAUUCUCACCGUAAUCUGCCUGUCAAUUGUCUCGCUGAUCGUCGCUUUGGAUUCUACGAUACUGGUGCCAGUCUUACCGACUCUUGCAGUGGCGUUGAAUGGCUCUGCCAUCGAGACGUUCUGGGCAGGAACAUCGUUCCUCCUGGCAAGCUCAACCUUCCAGCCCUUUAUCGGGGCUCUUUCCGACGUGUUCGGGAGGCGGGAAUUGCUUCUGCUCUCCAUCUUUCUGUUUGCCCUUGGAACGCUUGUCGCCUGUCUUUCGCACGGCUUCGCUCAGUUCCUGGCUGGCCGGACUAUCCAAGGGGUUGGAGGCGGAGGCAUCACUACCCUGGUGCUCGUUAUCUGCACAGACAUCAUCCCCCUGCGCCAGCGGCCCAAAUUCACCAGUUUCAUGCAGAUCUCCUGGGCUCUUGGAACCGUCAGCGAACCGCUAAUCGGAGCUGCGUUUGCAGAAUAUGUCUCGUGGCGUUGGAUCUUUUACAUUAAUUUCCCCCUCUGCGGCAUCGGCGGUCUCAUGGCCUUCCUGGUCAUUCGCUUCCAGGAACGUCAUCGAUCCUGGGCGACCAAGUUUUCCGAAGUCGACUGGACCGGUGGGAUUCUGUUCAUCAGCAGCACGACGGCAUUCCUCCUGGGCAUCACCUGGGGAGGCGUUCAAUACGCAUGGAGCAGCUAUCAAACGUUGCUUCCCCUUUUACUCGGCAUUGUUGGCGUCGUGGCGACUCUGUUCUGGGAAGUUCGAUACGCAAAAAAUCCCUUUAUUCGCAAAACUCUUUUCAAUAAUCUUUCCAAUCUGUCGUCAUACAUAUGUGCCCUUCUUCUAGGCCUUCUGCUGUACGCGGAGUUGUUCUACAUUGCGUUCUAUUUGCUCUCCGUGAAGGGCCUUUCACCCAUGAUGGCCGGCGUCUAUUUCACCCCCAUCACGGCGGGAUUGAUUCCGGCCAGCAUGGCUGUCGGUAUUGCCAUCUCGCGCCUCGGGCGAUUCCGCUGGGCGAUCUGGUCCGCGUGGGCAGUCAAUCUUCUCGGGGCAGGGCUGUUGAUUAUUCUUGAUGUGGAGACCAAGCGCUAUGCGAUGAUCCUAAUUUUCUUGGUUGUAGGCAUUGGAACGGGACCCCUCGUCACUUCUCUCAAUUUUGGAAUUCAAGCCAACACAAAGGUAGAAGAUGUCGCCUACGCUUCGGCCCUCUUUGCCUUUCUACGCAGUGUGGGCAUGUGCCUGGGAGUUGCCAUCGGGGGCACCAUUUUUCAAAACGAGCUGUCUCGCGAGCUGAGAAAAGCAGGAUUGCCCUCGCAGAUAUCGCAGGAUGCCGAAGGCUACGUGGCUACGUUGAACCGUCUGCCGUCGAAUUCACCGUUUCGACUGCAGGUCCUCCAGGCGUAUGCAUCGUCGUUCAGGACCUUAUUCAUCGUCUUGACGGCGAUAUGUGCUGCGAGUGGGAUCAUCAGCAUUUUCAUUUCUCAUAACUCGCUCGACAAAGCGCUUGGCUCGGAGCAUGUUCUUCAGCGGAAGAGAUCGGCGGCUGAAAGUUAG